CAUUCCAUAAUAAUUGAGCGAUCAGUUACAUCGCCAUCAAAAAUUGUCAAUAAUGGAAGCAAUGUUAUAGCGCAUUGUCAAUCAAAUUCCUUAGAAGCCUCUGAUAAUGAAGAAAUUGAAGAAGAUGCUCAUUUUUAUGAUGAUGAAGACAUCGAAGAGGAAGACCUACACAGUUUGGAUAGCUUUUUUUCUGAUAUGUACUCAACACAUACCUCUUCAAAUUACUCACCAUCAGUGUCAGACGGCACCUUAACGCCAAAUUCAUUACAACAGCAAGAACAUGGCAUGCCAUAUCCUUCACAUAUCCAAGCCUCGAAAUAUUAUCAGCAACAACAUAAUGAGGGAGAUGCGAAGCAAAGUCAAAUUUUAAAGAACACAGUGCAUGGUAGCAAAGUUGGAAGUAUUGAAGAUAAUGAGGAGGCUGCUAAUGGAGAUGUUAAAACAUCAGGAAGAAAUUCAGCAGAGCGGAUACAAUCAGAGAAGCUAGAAGGCAAUGCCAAUUUGGAGUUGCAACACAAACGACACACCCGCCUUCAUCGCCAACACGUUUACCUCCAUGCAGAGUAUCACAGCUCUAAGAUAGUUACAAAACUGCGAAAAAUUGAAAGAGUCGCUGCAAAGUUUGAUAAGUUGACAAGCGAUGGCAUUAAGGGCACCAACGUUGAUGGCUCUUAUCAGUGUCAGUUCUGUGAUAAAUCAUUUCCUCGACUUGGUUAUUUAAAAAAACACGAGCAGCGAUCAUCUCAAAAUUCACAUGAAAACACACGACAAUCAGAAACCAUUUCAAUGUACAAUAUGCAAUCGUGGAUACAACACCGCCGCUGCGUUGACAUCACAUAUGCAAAAUCAUAAAAAACAAGCAGCUAUUUUAGCGGCAGGGGGUAAUCCUCAAGAACUCAAUUACAGUCCACGUUCAAGCGGAUCCAUUUCCAGUAGUGGAAGUUUCCAUAAGAGGCGCUAUGCCACGACAAUGGUUCACACUGAUAGUAAACCAAACCGUUUGGAUUAUCCAAAACGACCGCGAACUGUGAGCCUUUUGGCAUGUAAUUAUUGCUCCAAGUCCGAGUUUAACUCCAUCGAGCAACUCAAUGUGCAUAUUCACACUAAACAUGAUAAAGAGGUAUUUUCCUCGCAGAACACUAAGUUACCAUCCGCUCCUGACACCCCCUCAUCUGAACUAAAUUCAUUCCAGUUGAGGUGUGAAUAUUGCACGAUGCAGUUAGGAAAUCUCCCCGCAUUAUUUCAACAUAUUCGUGUUGCACAUGUCGACCGUUUGGCCAGUCCUAACUCGUAUUUCGAGCACUUCAAUCGUUUAGCUGCAUCAGGAACAUUUAGUCCUCGUUUAGUCGGCGAUAAAAUUAAUUUGCGAGAAGAUAAUGGCGUCAUCGAAAGUAACAUUAAGGUGGAACCAAUACUGCCGGGCUCGAGAAAUUCUAAUGAAGAUAAGCAAGAAGAAAAACCUACUGAUCUUAGUAAAAGCAACUGUCGCUCAAAAACUCCUCUUUCACCUUCUGAGGAACCUCAACAACCAGAUAUAUUCUUUUGCAAUCAAUGCAAUGCGGGACUGCCAGAUUUUGAAAAGUUCCGUAACCAUUUGAAAAGUCAUAUAACUCAAGGUUUAAAUCUCAUAUGUCACCAUUGCGGUCUGGCAUUACAGGAAACAGCGGACUACGAGCGCCAUGUCAACUCACAUUACCUAAUCUCUAAUUCAGAAUAUAUCGCAAGCAACAAGUGCAAAAAGUCUUACGCAAAACCUGAGGAGCUUCAAAACCAUAUGUUGGAGCAACACGCGAUUCCAAUGUUGAAGUGUGAUGUGUGCUUUGAAAUAUUCGAGUCAAAUAUAGCUAUACAAAUGCAUUUCGCUUGUACUCAUUCCGUUGAAACAAAGUUAUUUCGAUGCUCGAUUUGUUUGGAAGUAUUUCGAUCUGAGAGUGAGUUUGAUACACACCUCAAAACGGGUCAUCCUGGUCUCAUUGCUGCAAUAUUCAAUUUACUACAAUGCAUAUUUUGUAGAACUGUCUGCACAAAUGAUUUAGAAAUGCAUUUUCAUCUGGCCGCUCAUGCUCGCCAAUUCCACUGCCCUUCGUGUCCCGAAAAGUUCCAUGUGGAGUUCCUAUUGGACAGGCACAUGCAACAUCAUCAUGCAGGCAAGAAUUCGACGGCAUUUUCUCCAAAAGCUAACUCUGAAGAAAUUUCCACAUCACCUCAACUGCCAAACCAAUUGAAUCCCCUCUAUGUGAAUGCCUUACUUAACAAAACUCCUCAAAUGCCAAUUUCCUCUCAAAACAAUAACACGAGCAUUCUUGACUACAAUAUUGCAUUUACGGCCCAUCUGAAUAAAAAUCUUUUUCCAAGUUCCGCUAUAACAGCUAACCCAUUAAUCGACGGAAAGUUCCAUAGAACAUUGCAGAUUGAUACAGGCGCCGUCAAACACCCCGGUUUGAUGUAUGGCCUCAGCCAGCGAUAUUUCGACACAAGUCGAAGUCUAAUAGACAUGUAUACACAGCAGAGAUUAGACAAGCCAACAGCGGAAAUAAGUUAUUGCAACGGCCUGAAGUCACAACCCGUUCUCCGAUCUCAAGCAGAUUUACAUCAAAACCGUUCGCCAGCAGAACCGACAAUUGCAAAUUCUGUAUUCUGUGCUAUAUGCGAUAUAAAUGAUUUCCGAUCCGAAAGUGAAGUGAACUCACAUCGUAAAAUCGUCCAUAAUAUGAAAACUGGAGUAAGUUUGCGGUGCGCCUACUGCUCUGGUAACUUUAAGUCACGUAAUGAAUUAGAACAUCAUAUGAAGACUUGUCACAAUUCAACUGGAAAGCAUAAAUGUUUGAUUUGUGAUGAAAUUUUCCCUUCGCCUGCUAUAUUGGCGGAACACAAACUGCAACACUCAAAAGUUGGGCAGUCUGGUAAAUGCUCUCAUUGCGGCAAACUCUUGGACGGGGUUUCAGCUUUCAAAGAUCAUCUUAGUGAGCAUAACAACGAAAUUCAGCUUCCAAUGCAAUGCAUCUGCUGUCGGCAAUCACUCCACUCUGAUUUUGAGAUCAGUUUACACGCACAAUUUCACACCAAAUCAUCCAACAAUCCAGAAAGUACGUGUGCUCUUUGUUUAGAGGCAAUACCGAAACCAAUGAAUGGAGAAGCCAAAGUUUGUGAAAAGUGCUGCCGGAAGCACAAUCUAGGGUCCAAACUUAAAACUCAAAGUUUGCGAACCGAAAUUUCAGAACAUGGCUCAGAUUUUUGCCGAAGCACAUUGAAAAUUGAAGUUCGUUGCAAUAUUUGUAAACUGGUGUUGCCACACACUCAAAAGCUGCAAGAACAUCUAGUAGAGCACACUUUUGCCGGUUGUGAAGAGCGCGGUUUUAAUUGUUAUAUAUGCUCCGCUAUAUUUACAGCCCCAAGUGGCCUACUAUCCCAUAUGCAUGAACAUGGACUGCAGUUUCGCCCCUAUGACUGUAAUAAUUGCAGCGACAAGUUCUUUUUCCGCGCUGAACUGGAGCAUCACCUUUUGGCCCACGAGAUCCAAGACGUGGGGGAAUUGCGAAACAUGGACAUCAGUAAUGACAAAUUCUCUAUGGCAAGAGAGACUGAUAAGUCCGAGCUCUAUCUUACAAAGGUGAAAAAAGAAAUACUUGUGGCUGAUGAUAAGGUUACAACUGGUGAAGAGGAUGAAUACAUUGAAAUCGAAAAGAUAUCCGAUGUGAAUCAGACGCAGCCACCCUACGUCCCUUAUGAUAAAAAUAUGCCCUCCGGGGACGAAACAAAACAAUGCAGAGAAGGAGAGCACGCCUAAACUAAAACUUCAUUAUUAAAUUAUAUCAGUUAUUUAAAAAAAAUAAAUAGAAAUAUUCUAUGUGCACUUUUUAUGUUUGUUAUUAUGUACCUAUUUAUACACAUAUACAUAUAUAGCUAUUUAAUUAAACGCAAACGAAAAUAUUUAAGUACAUACAUUCAAAUGCAUCAGUAUUUUUAUUUGGGCUUAAAAAACAUAAGGUAAAUUUAUAUGUACACGACAUAUUUCCAAUGUAAAAAACAAACUAUGGUACUUCGAAGUGGAAAUUCAUAUAAAGAAAGAAUCUAAGGAAAGGAAAGUACAAAGUCGCUGCGGGAGUGCCUCAGGGUUCAGUGCUCGGGCCAACAUUGUGAAACAUAAUGUAUGAUACCCGAUUGGAGUAGAAAUCACUGGGUUUUCCGAU